GACUCCCCAAUUCAACCCAGCAAGAAAUCGAAGACACUAAGCUGCGAAGACCACCCAGGCCAAGCAGGAAAGGAAAUUGAUUUUGUGACUGCGAGAUCUAAGAACGAUGAAACGGAGGAUAGUUAGGUGGAGAAGAUGAAUGAGGAUAGUGAAGAGCCAGAAGCGAAGAAUCACGAUGAAGAGCAUCCCAAAAGCUCGUACAAAGACACCUUCCUGGGGAAUAAACCGCCAAUUCCUAUUCCAAAGGGGAACGAGCUAAUGUCGGAUGAGUUUGAGGGCGAAGACGGGGAAGAUGACCCAGAUUGGCCAACUGUGAGAAUCAAGAAAAGCACAGAUGCGCGGAUCCAGCAACGCUGGAGUAGAGCAAUCACUUUUCGAGUCCUGGACAAGUCUUACCCUUUUGCUUUCAUCCAACGUCGGAUCCAGAAGAUGUGGGCUAAGACAGGAGGAGUCAAAAUCGGCGACAUUGGAAACGGGUAUUUUCAAGCUAUUUUUGAUUCUCAACUUGAUUACAGUAGAGCCUUGUAUGGAGGCCCAUGGACAGUGGAUGAUCAUUACAUUGUGUCUGAGCCAUGGAGAUUGGAUUUUGAUCCGGACUAUGAUGUUAUCAAUCGAAAAACAGUGUGGGUUCGACUCCCACGACUCCCACUUGCUUACUUCGAUUAAGAAAUUCUUAUGGACAUUGGAAGCAAAAUUGGUAGGGUGGAGAAGAUAGACUACAACACGUCUAAUGGAUUCUGAGGCAAUUAUGCAAGGAUUUGUGUUCAAAUUGACUUGAGAAGAAGAUUGGUUCUAAAUACAGAUUGAAGAGGCGUGUGAGAAGGGUUGAAUAUGAAGGCUUGCACAACGUCUGCUUUGAAUGUGGCUGCCAUGGCCAUCUAGAAGAAAACUGCCCAACGAAACAAAGAGAGGGAACCAGGGGAACAUGAGAAACUCAUACUGCUGAAACUAAUUUUCGGAAAGAGCUGAGACUAGAGAUUAUGGAGGACUUCGGGCCAUGGAUGAUUGCAACCAGACCUAGAGGAAGAAACUACCAACCAAAAACAAGAAAGAAGAAGGCAGUCAAGGAACCAAAGUUAAUACGAAGGCCAAGGCUGGAUCUGGAUAACGAUUUGAAGCAUUUGAGGAAUCUGACGAAGAUGAAGAUGAAGGUGACAGUGAGGCUGUCGAUGAAGGAGCUCCCCUAGAAGCCACUGAUCAGAAGAGUGAUGAUGAGGAAAUGGUUGAUCAACCCGAUCUGGAAAAAGCUAAUGAGCAACUGAAGGAAAGUAUGGAGAGCGAAAAACAAGGCGAUAAUGUGGAAAAAAACCCUAUGAAAAAGAGGAGUGGGAACGAAAAGCCUAGCAAAGAGGAGACUGACUCACUCCUACUGUCACUCUAGAAAAUGGCCAAGUGUAACCACUUUCUAAAGCGUAGUAUAGAGGGUUUGGGUUUUAAUGUCAACCCGGGUCCUAGAUGUGAUGACUACUCAGUGAAUUCUUAUUAUCUAGCGGUGAAACUAAAGUGCAGGUUAAACAAUCAAAGCAAGCAAAGCAAGUUAAACGGUUGUUUCAAGUCGAGAGAGGUCACCCGGAUAUGGUUCCCCCUAGACUGCAGUUAAGCCGGAUUGCAAUUACCAAGUUCAGUUUCGAUGAUAGUUAUACUGCGGAAGGCUCUUAAACAGUCAGAAGUCUCGACUAAAGGUCUCCAGACCCUCUCAAUCUGAGUCCCCACCGGGCGACUAACCUCCACCGGAGUAAACAAAUUGAGGCCCCAACGAACCAAACCUCCAUUACCGAAGCAAAUUCGGUACAGAAUAGUGAAUUGGCUCCUCGACUAAAGUCGCCAAUUCACUACCUUCAAUUAAGGGAGCUCUAUUAACCUAGGCAGAUAUUCUCAUUCUAGGCUAAAGCAGAAAUAACAGGAAUUUGAUCAGGAUUCAAGUCAUUCAAUCAUUCAAGCCUCAAUUAAAUAUAAUCAAACCAUAAAAUCUGUACUUGGAUUCAUACAAUCAGACCUAACAUACAAAUCUAGGGUUCUCCAUACCCAGAUGAAUGGGAGAACUACUCCAUGGAGAAAGAAGCAAAGCAGAUUCAGAUGCGGAAACCAUACUGUGAAGGAUGGAUUUCUGCUCCUGGUCGUCGAUCGACACUUCUCCAAGCUCAAGCCGGGCUCCAAUGGUGAUGAAGAUCAAGCUAUGGCACUUGGGAACUCUUGUUCGUCACUUUCUCUCUCUAGGAAUCGCUCUGUCUCUCUAAAACUCGGAACCUUUGAUUUUUAGCCUUCUCUUCCCUUAAGAAGUUGCCUGUUGCGAUACCCGGUCGAAAUACCCGGUCGGGUAUUUUGGGUCUCGACCGGGUAUAAUUGAAAUGCGCGUUUAAUGUCAGGGGAAAAUCCUCGGUCUGGCCCAAGAAUCCCCGACCGGGGGUUUUUGCCUCCUGCCCGGGCCCCCUUCUGUUUCUCUAGGACGCCCAAAACGAUAAAUACCCGGUCGGGCA